AUGGAAGAGAGAGGGGUGCUCGAUAGCCUCCGGAAAAACGACAAAUCAGAAGUUUUGCCCCUGGUAUCUUCUUCUUUGAAGGGGAAACCGAAGAUCGAAAUCUAUGUGGACAAUUCGCCGGAUGCCCUGGAAAAAGAACGGGCGCUUUUGGCGCAAGAUUUCUUGAGCCAGCAAAAAGUGGAGACAGCGAUAUCGUUUCUGUACAAGGUGUUGCCCAAUCUAAUGCAGGGUACGCUUGCGACAAGCUGGGAAUCGUACGGGAUUGUGAUCGGGAAGCGAGGGGACAGAAUCAGCCCGCUGGAUCUCGUUGAAUGGAUUGUAAAGGACCCCCCAGCUGGUCCCGAUAAGAGCGAAGAAAUACACACACCGAGCAAAAUGCCCAGUGAUUUGGCCAUCGUCGCGAAAUGCUUAAUGGUAUAUCGUAUCGGAAGUGUGCCAGCUGCUCAUUUCGAAUAUGUCGAGAAGCUGACGGACAGAAUGGCGGUUCUGUAUUCGCAACAACCAGGUUGCGCGACGAUUCCAUCAAUCAAGAAGAUAGCUAAGGCGAUGAAAAUGAAGCACAGCGAACUGAUCACCUAUGCAUUCGACGAAAGAAUCGUGGACGAUAUGGGAUGGGUGCAGGAAAACUGGGAGAAGGAAGAGAUCGAUAAGCGAGAUUCGUAUUUCCCCUAUUUGAAGGAGCUGCAAAUCGUCCCUCGCUCACCGUAUUCACUUCUUCGACGUAUAGCUAAAAGAAGAUGUGAAGGUGGAAGACCUGAUACCAGUAUUUUUCGUGGCAUACCACCCACCUAUGUUGAUUACCCGGUCAAUCCGGCAUCCUUAGUGUCAGUUUAA